CAAGAUGGAGGAACCCGGCACGUGGGACGAGGGAAGUAGUGGCUCAAGUAGUAGCGAUCACGAUGAAGAGGAGGAGAUGGAUGUGGGGGAGAAGGGGCAAGGAGGGGAGAAGGGGCACGGGAAGGGACGUGGAGGCACGUAUGUGCCGGGACAGGGUCCUCCUCCGGCACCUGGAGAAGAGCUAGUAAUGGAUGAGGGAGCCUAUCGGCUUUACCAUCGUGCAGGCACAGGUGCUCCUUGCUUGAGCUUUGACAUUGUGCGAGAUGCCCUUGGAGAGAAUCGAACCAGUUACCCACUGAGCCUUCUCCUUUGUGCUGGAACUCAGGCUGAAAGUGCCCAAGCCAAUAGACUGUUGGUGAUGAAGAUGCACAAUCUCCAUGGGACCAAACAAGCUGGCAAAGAGAGUUCGGGGUCAGAGAACAGCAGCAGUGAAAGUGAAGAUGAAGCUGAUGAAGAGAAGAAACCACAGCUGGAACUGGCUAUGGUUCCCCAUUAUGGGGGUAUUAACAGAGUUCGGGUGACGGAGCUGGGCGAAUCGCAAAUAGCAGCUGUUUGGUCUGAGAAAGGGCAGGUGGACAUCUAUGACUUACGGCAGCCCCUAGUGGCUGUGUCUGAUGCUCAAGCCAUGGCAGCCUUCCUGCGAGAACAGCAGGCAAAGAUCAAGCCCGUCUUCUCAUUCACUGGGCAUAUGACAGAAGGUUUUGCGAUGGACUGGUCCCCCAAGAAACCAGGCACUCUUCUCACGGGUGACUGUAAUAAAAAUAUCCACUUAUGGACUCCCAAGGAGGACGGCUCAUGGUUUGUAGACCAGCGACCUUUCACAGCCCAUGCUGCAUCGGUGGAAGACCUGCAGUGGUCCCCAAAUGAAGCGACAGUUUUUGCUUCCUGCUCGGCAGAUGCCACCAUCCGGAUCUGGGACACACGAGCAGCUCCAGGAAAGGCCUGCAUGCUGACCGCCAGCCAGGCACAUGAUGCUGACAUCAAUGUAAUCAGCUGGAACCACAAUGAGCCCUUCAUCGUUAGCGGUGGUGAUGAUGGGGCCCUAAAGGUCUGGGAUCUGAGGCAGUUCCAGAAAGGCUCGGCUGUUGCCACCUUCAAGCAGCACACGGCACCUAUUACAUCUGUUGAAUGGCAUCCUACAGACAGUGGCGUCUUCGCUGCUUCGGGAGCGGAUGACCAGGUGACUCAGUGGGACUUGGCUGUGGAGCGAGAUGACGAAGCAGAGGCCGAGGACCCCGUUCUGGCCUCCAUCCCACCUCAGCUGCUGUUUGUCCACCAGGGAGAGAAUGACAUCAAAGAACUGCACUGGCAUCCACAGUGCCCUGGCAUCCUCGUCACCACCGCCCUGUCUGGUUUCAACAUCUUUCGAACAAUCAGCGUCUGAAAGACUUGGCUGCCUUGUGCUUCUUUUUUUACUGACAUUGCCCUUGGCCUCUUACUCACUGUUGUUUCAAGAUGGCUACCACCUUUCUUCCCUGCAGACUUAGAACAUCCUAAAAUUGCUUCUUUUGUUGGUCUAAAUUAACUAAGCAUUUCUGCUGUGGGAACAGAGGUCUCCACAGUUGGCCUAGACUAUAAGCUUGGCAGGCUUUUGAUGAGGUCAUCCCCUUUUUCCUGUCCUCCAAUUAGUGGGCGAGAACGAUUAGAAUAGCCUGUGCGCUGUGUUAUCUACACUAAUUUCAUAGGGUUCAUUCCCUUUUGCCCAUGAACAAAUCAGAUAACUCAGGCCUCAUGCAGAAGUUGCCAUUUAUUCUACAGAAGAGGGAACAGAGAGAGUUUAAAGUGGAUUAGAGGUUUCCGCUGUGCAUGGACCAGUCCAUUCUAUAUGACUGAUGAAGCUCUUAAAUAUCUGUAUGAAUUAUAGGUUCUGGAGUGCCUAUGGUACUUCAGCAGGGAGAGGGCUAACCAUUUUGAAACUGAAGCUUGCAAAGAAUGAUUUAUAUUUAAAUAUAAACUUGGAAGAAAAGUUUAA